CUUGGGAGGUGGAUCCUUAAAUAAACCCUUCCCUUUCCAUCAUCCUCCCCCUGUUCGACAAAAUGCUCUCUCCUUCUUCCUCACAUGAGGAUGGAAUUGGGUAGGUGCUCACAUGCACAAAACUGUUCGACCCUCUGCCCCAUCCACUCUCCAGAGUCCAUCUUCUCCAUCGAUUCAUGUGGACUGCUGAUGAUGAUGAAAGAACCGUGGAAACGUUGGCUUUUACUAUGUUUGACCUUGCAAAAGGCAGUGAAAUCGUCAUCCUUUUUGCCCUUCUUAAUCUUAUGCAUUAUGGACAUCAUCGAUGAUGUCGAUCGAGAAUUUGGAUCGUAACGAAGGAUUUAUAGACUGAAAACGAAGAAGACCGUCCUCCUCCCUUUAGGCUUCGUGUGCUCCUCAAAUCCAAACUUCAAACCAGCAGCUAACGGUAGCCAUAUGCCUUACCUCCAACCGUGACAACAUUUAAACCAUGCAUCACGAACAGCUCUCUCCCUCUUACAUAUCCCGCGCCUCGACCUCUAUGUCUCUCUCACACGCAUACAACACACUCACUUCACACUCCCUCUCUUCUGCUGCUUUGCUUCGCUUCACUCCACUCCUCACCGUCUCCUCCAUGGACAACCACCGAAAGACCCCUGUCAGGCCGUGGAAGAAAGGCCCCGCCCGCGGCAAAGGCGGGCCCCAGAACGCCUCCUGCGAAUACCGCGGUGUCCGGCAGCGGACCUGGGGCAAGUGGGUGGCAGAGAUCCGGGAGCCCAAGAAGCGGACCCGCCUCUGGCUGGGAUCGUUCGCCACCGCCGAAGAGGCCGCGCUGGCCUACGACGAGGCCGCCCGCCGCCUCUACGGCCCCGACGCCUACGUCAACCUCCCCCACCUCCGCGCCAACAUCGGCUCCUCCAUCGUCGGCAAGCCCCCCCAUCGGUUCAAGUGGUUCCCUUCCAAGAGCUUCACGCCCGCGAUGCCCACUUGCGGCCUCCUCAACCUCAAUGCCCAGCACAACGUUCAUGUCAUCCACCAGAGGCUCCAAGAGCUCAAGAACUCCAAGCCCUCCUCCUGUUCUUCUUCGUCCUCCUCUGCCUCUUCUUGUCCCAGUACCUUUCGGAGUUCAGAGCCACCAGCAGUGGUGCCGAUAGAGACCCGGUUGGAGAGCUCGGUCAUCGGAGGGCGAGAAGUGGUCCAUCAGCUGCCGGUCGAGAGAAAUCCACCAAGUGCGGUGGAGAAGCCUCAGAUCGAUCUCAAGGAAUUCCUCCAGCAACUGGGAGUGCUGAAGCCGGAGAGCGCACCGGAGGGCGGCGAGAGCGCGGGGAACUUGGCUCUGCCGGAGCAAACGCUGGAGGUAUCGAGUGAGAUGGCUUCACAAGCCUUCGGCUUGCACCAGAGCGACUUCAACUGGGACACACUGAUCGAAAUGCGGGGUUUGGACGGUAACCCGAUCAUGCAAGACGACGGAUCGCAGUUGGAUGAUGUGCAGGAGGAGGACUUGAGCUUGCCAAUCUCCAUAUGGGACCUCUGAAGCUCUACCAACAAUUCGCUGCUAUAUACCGAGCGCAAGUCGAACGCCUUAUCGUUGAUUCAAUGAAGCUAUCUGUAUAAUGUCUCUUUGAGAUUGCACCUCAAGUCGG